UCCAACCGCCUCGAAACAUAAAAAGCAGCGCUCAAGUCCUCUUUCGAGUCGUUUAAUUUCCACUGUAAUCAUCGGUUUCACCGGCGGCCAUGUCAUCCGAAGCCGGAACCCUAACCCUUGACUCUACCACUCUCUACCCAACCGCUCUCAACUCCCUCCCCGGCCAAUCUUCCUCACAUUCAAAUCCACCACCCCUCCCUCUUCCCCCUAUCCCUCCCUCAGUCCCUCAACCGAAACUGAUUCCAAAAACUCGCUUUAUCAUCGACGGUUUCAAAUAUGCCGGCGAUUUCUCAGUUUCAUACUUCCUCUCUCAUUUCCACUCCGAUCACUAUACUGGCCUUUCCCCUAAUUGGUCCAAAGGUAUCAUCUUUUGCUCCUCCAUAACCGCUAACCUUCUCAUCCAAGUCCUCAAUGUUCCCGCGCAAUUUGUAGUGUCUUUACCGCUUUCCGAAGCCGUUUUAAUAGACGGCUCCGAGGUAUUUCUCAGCGAUGCCAAUCAUUGUCCUGGUGCUGUGCAAUUUUUAUUUAAAAUUCCAGUUAAUUAUGGCAAAUUUGAGCGGUAUAUUCACACAGGUGAUUUUCGUUAUUGUGACAAAAUGAAAUUAGAGCCCGUUUUAAAUGCAUUUAUUGGUGCUGAUGCUGUAUUUUUAGAUACAACUUACUGUAAUCCGAAAUUUAUAUUCCCUAGUCAAGAUGAGUCAAUUGAUUAUAUAGUUGGUGUUAUAGAGAAAUAUGGAGCUGAGAAUGAGGGCUCAUUGAAAAAUAUAUUGUUUCUUAUUGCUACUUAUGUUAUUGGGAAGGAGAAGAUUUUAGUGGAGGUUGCACGGAGAUGUAAGAGAAAGAUCCACGUUGAUGGCAGGAAGAUAGCAGUUUUGAAGGUAUUAGGUCAUGGGGAGGAUGGGGUGUUUACUACCUUUGAAUCUGAAACUGAUGUUCAUGUUGUUGGGUGGAAUGUGUUGGGUGAGACUUGGCCAUAUUUCAGACCCAAUUUUGUGAAAAUGAACGAGAUCAUGAAUGAGAAAGGGUAUUCUAAGGUGGUUGGUUUUGUCCCAACCGGCUGGACUUAUGAAGUGAAGCGAAGUAAAUUUUCAGUGAGGAAGAAAGAUUCCUUUGAGAUACAUCUUGUUCCAUAUAGUGAACAUUCUAAUUACGAUGAGCUUAGACAAUAUGUAAAGUUUCUGAAACCAAAGCGCGUCAUACCAACAGUAGGCAUAGAUGUUGAGAAGCUGGAUAGCAAACAUGCUAAUGCCAUGCAGAAGCAUUUUGCUGGCUUGGUUGAUGAGAUGGCCAUUAAGCAAGAAUUUCUGAUGGGUUUUCAUCCUUGUGUCCAAGGGGAGGAAGAUAUGGAUGCAAAAGAAUCUCCUCAUGCUUCAGUUAGUAUCACCAAUCAAGAAAACACAGGCGAAUCUGCUCAUGCUUUAGUCAGUAUCACCAAGCAAGAAAAUGAGGAUACUUCAUUGGAUUCUAAGAUCUGCAAUAAUGGUGAUAGGGAGGAUAUUAUCCAUUCAUUUCCUCAAGGAGAACCUGAGUUGCAAGGUUUAGAAAAAAUAAGUGAAGGUGAUGUGGAAGAAGAUCUGAAAGAACUUAAAGACUGUUUACCCAUUUGGGUCACUAAAGACCAGAUGUUGGAUUUACUUAGUAUUUCGGGGAAAAAUAUUGUUGAUGCAGUCACUAACUUCUAUGAACAUGAAACCGAAUACCGCGAACGGGUCACUGUCAGUAAUUCUCCUACCUCUUCCUUUGAGCCAAACUCACUAAAUGGGUCUGCAUUGCCUUUUAAACCAAAAGGAGAUGAAUAUAUGCUGUCUCCCAAACCAUGGGUUGGUAAAAGCCCGCAGCAGGGUGAAACAACUGCAUCAAAUAAAACCUUUAAACUGCCCAACAUGAACCGUUCCAGUUGCAAAACUAUUACUCCGGGUAAAAGGAAGAGAAGUGCUGAAAACAAGUCGCUUAAAAAAGCAAGAGGAAAUGUAAGUAUGGAACCUGGUGGAUCGAAGCAGUGUACUAUAACAAAGUUCUUCAGUAAAAUGGCUCCUCCAUCUGCAACUACUAGUAGAAAUUCCCACGAUGAUAACAGUAUGCUACUAAGUGCCUCCGUUGAGUCUUAUAUAGAGGAAGCUGAUCGGUUUAUUCAGAUCGUGAAUAGGGAUGAGUCAUUAAGAAGUUAUGCUGCCACAGUACUAGCAAAGACUAAAGGAGACAUAAGUAUGGCACUUGAUAUUUAUUUUUCAGAACACAAAGAUGUUGGAGAAACUAAUGGAUGCGGGAUUUCUGAAAGCAGCAAAGUGGUGCAACCUGCUAAAGAGGUUUUCCCUUCUUCCAAAGAUGAGAAGUUGCCCAAAAAAUUAGGAGAUGACCCGGAUUUGUCCUUGUCUGGAAUUCCCUUAGCAAAUACUGCUGUAAAUUAUGUAUCACUUCCACCUGAGAAAUAUUCUCCUUUGGAACAUGCUAGCUGGAGCAAGGGGCAGGCUGCUCCAUACCUACAUAUUUCACGGACUUUUGAAUUGGUAGAGGAAGAAAAAGGCAAGAUAAGAGCAACAUCAAUGUUAUGCAAUAUGUUUCGGAGCUUGCUGGCAUUGUCUCCUGAGGAUGUGCUUCCUGCAGUGUACUUGUGCACAAACAAGAUAGCUCCUGACCAUGAAAAUAUGGAAUUGAAUAUUGGGGGCAGUACUGUUAUAGCAGCACUAGAGGAGGCAUGCGGGACAAAGAGAUCGAAAGUACGAGAACUAUAUAACAGCCUAGGUGAUCUUGGUGAUGUUGCUCAACUUUGCCGACAAACACAAUCGUUACUUGCUCCUCCAGUGGCACUUUCAAUUAGGGGUGUAUACUCUAUUCUUAGAAGGAUAAGUUUACAGGCAGGUAGUGGGAGUGGCGUCCGAAAGAAAAGCCUCAUUGUCAAUCUCAUGUGUUCAUGUAGGGAGAAGGAGAUGAAGUUUCUUGUCAGAACUUUGGUUAGGAAUUUGCGGAUUGGAGCCAUGAUGAGAACUGUUCUUCCUGCAUUAGCUCAAGCUAUUGUCUUCAAUUCUGUUCUUUAUGAUGGACCAGUCGAAAACAUGAAAGAGAAUCUGCAGCGACUUUCAGCAGAAGUAGUUGAAGCAUAUAACAUCCUUCCCAGCUUGGAUGUACUUGUUCCUUCUUUGAUGGAAAAGGGGAUUGCGUUUUCCUCAAAUACGUUGUCAAUGGAUCCCGGCAUACCCAUCAAACCAAUGCUUGCAAAAAUUACUAAUGGCGCCCCUCAAGUGCUGAAGCUCUUCCAGAACAAAGCCUUUACAUGCGAGUACAAAUAUGAUGGUCAGCGAGCUCAAAUUCAUAAAUUAGCUGAUGGUUCGGUCCGUGUAUUUUCACGGAAUGGGGAUGAAACAACAUCUAGGUUCCCUGAUUUGGUAAACAUAAUUACAGAAUCAUGUGGUCCCAGAGGAGCGACAUUCAUAGUGGAUGCAGAGGUUGUUGCAAUUGAUAGAAAAAAUGGUUCAAAGCUCAUGUCGUUCCAAGAACUAUCUUCGCGAGAGAGAGGGACCAAAGAUUCCAUCAUCACAUUAGAUAAAAUUAAGGUUGAGAUAUGCAUUUUUGUCUUCGAUAUGAUGUUUGCAAAUGGAAAACAAUUGUUGCAUCUGCCACUCCGUCAAAGGCGAAAAUACCUGAAGGAUUUAUUUGGUGACGGCAAAGUGGGUUAUUUCGAGUAUGCGACAGAAAUGACUGUAGAGUCUGAUGAUGCUUGUGCGGAUAACGAAGCCACAUUGGCUAGGAUGAACAGCUUUCUUGAUGAUGCGCUACGUUCUUCUUGUGAAGGAAUCAUGGUGAAAUCCCUUGAUAUAGAUGCUGGGUACACACCAUCAAAGCGCACUGAUGCAUGGUUAAAGGUCAAGAGAGACUACGUGGAAGGACUAAGUGAUUCCUUGGACUUGGUUCCGAUUGGUGCUUGGUAUGGGAAUGGAAGGAAAGCGGGAUGGUAUAGUCCUUUCCUUAUGGCCUGCUACAACCCUGACACUGAGGAAUUCCAGAGUGUCUGCCGGGUCAUGUCUGGGUUUUCUGAUUCAUUCUACAUAGAGAUGGAGGAGUUCUUCUCUGGGGACAAAAUCUUCAACAAAAAGCCACAUUACUAUCGAACUGCAGAAGUGGCUGAUAUGUGGUUUUCUCCAGAAGUUGUGUGGGAGAUAAGGGGUGCGGACUUCACGGUGUCACCAGUGCAUCAUGCAGCCAUUGGUUCAGUCCAUCCAUCUCGUGGUAUCUCUGUCAGAUUCCCUAGGUUCAUUCGGUGUUUGUCAGAUAGAAAACCUGAGGAAUGUAGCACAUCUGCAGAUAUAGCCGACAUGUUCCGCUCUCAGACUAGAAAAAUGGAUGUGAAUGUUGAACAUUGAUUGUAAAUUUUGUUUAUCCUAAAGGAACCUCCCUCCCAAAUGGAUGUGAAUGUUGAACAUUGAUUGUAAAUUUUGUUUAUCCUAAAGGAACCAUUACUAAUCUACCACAGAGUGUUUA